AUGAUGCAACAGCACGAAACUGAUCUUCAGCAAAUGCAAAGAAAGGCGCCCCCGCCUGCCUUGACCAGUGGCGGAGGGAAGAAGAAAGGUCCCCCACUUCGACGUGGGAAAUGGACUCAAGAGGAAGAAGCUUAUGCGAACCGAUUAAUUCAAGAGUUCAAGGCCGGACUACUACCCUUGACAGAUGGUACGACUCUUCGAACAUUUCUAUCAAAACUCUUGAACUGCGAUCCAAUGCGAAUAUCGAAAAAGUUCGUCGGUGGCAACUGUAUUGGAAAACAAGUUUUCCGUCGACGCACUGCUGAUUUGAACCGACUGACUCCGGAACAGAUUCAGAAUAGUAGAGCUGAGCUUAGUGAGUUGGAGCGUCGGUUCUUGGAUCGGGUGGCACAGACGAAUCGCGUAAAGUCAUCAGGAGUGGGUGGAAGUACUACAGCAACAUCAAAUCCGGUUGGGCAAGUUACACACGUCGCUGGACAAGUAUCACUGAAAGGAGAAGACACAAACGCAGGAACACCAUCCAGUCCUCCCUGGCUACAGACUCCACUCGGUUAUAAGCAAGGAAGUGGGGCUGCCAUGGCUGCUGCCAAUCUAGCUGAAGGAGGUGGUAGCCGAGCAGCAGCUGCUGGACGGGCACUACUUCGUGGAAUCGACCCUAGCAGUUUGAGCAAAGCUGCAGGUUCUGGUUUAUCCUCCUCAGGGAGUGCUGGACUUCUUGCCAUGGCAGAACUUCAGCGUAGAGCCAGUCAACAAAGUUUGCUUCAGAAUAUAAGAGGCCAAUCCGCACAGAAUCUAUUGGCAGCUCUAACCUCAGCUGAUGGUGGUGGGGGUGUAUCGAUGGUAAACCUCGCAAACAGUUCUUCUGCCUCCCGACUAGGGCUUAGCGGAAGCAACUCUAUCGGAAAUUUGAUGCUGAAGAAUAGCUUCUCCCGCGAUAGAUUGAACCAGCUGGCCAAAGAUCGAGGGCUCUCGUCGACUUCUCUGUCUAAUAUGAUUGACCGGAAGAAUAGUUUUGAUGCUCUGAUGUCGCUUGAUUUCCAAAGCCUGCAGUCAAUAGAUAACCUGGCAAACUUGAUUCAGAGUGGCGCCUCUUCCACUCAAGCACCAGCAAGUGGAAUGAAGAACUGGUCUGCAGACAAUUCCAAUUCGAGAAAUAGUCUUGCUGGCCUCGCAGGUGGCACUGGGUCAACUGGAAGCCUAUCCGAAGUUGCUAGGCGACUUGCCAGUUCUGGUCAGAUGGAAUCCCUUCUCCGAUCCUUUUCGAGCAACAAUGUGAAGCGUGGUGAACCGAUUGACCACAACCAAUCAAGUUCGUCGAAUCUUCAGCAAUUACUGCAGAACGCGCAAUCGGAACAGGCUAGCAGUAGUAUGAGCAGUCUUUUAGGGGGAUCAAGAAACGGUUCCAGCGCGGCGUCUUUGGCAAAUCUUCUCAGAGAGAACUCGUCAACAGGAUUGACGGCUUUGCGAAUGCAAGAUGGUCUGAAUAAUCGGAAUUCAAGUGUCGAAGAUUUCUUGAGUUUAGUUGCAGCAGGUGACAUUCCACACCAAGAUCCUUCUCUCCUAAAUGUACCAUUGAUGCACCAUCAGCAAAACACCAACGGCGACAAUAUGUCGAGACCUGGUUCGGCUGCUGCUGUACUUGCGCAGCAACGGUUACUUGCUCAGGCGACGGGAAAUCCAGCUCUUGCCAAUGCGAUUGCAUCGCGGUCCUUUGGAAGUCUGCGUAAUUUGUCUGGCGGGCUUUUGAAAAACAAUUCAGCUGCAGCUCUUCUCGCAAGAUCUGGUGGGGACAGUGCAGGGUCUUCAAUGUCAUUGAAGCGAAAACUCCUCGAAUUGGAUGCGAGCCGUGAUAAAGGUUCGGCAAAGAAGAGGUGA